AAGUUCUCCUUGCGCAUGUUUGGCAGUCAUAAGGGUGUUGCUGCUGAGCAGGCCAGGGUCAAGAGCUUUGGAGUGUGGAUCAUCCACCCUUACAGUGACUUCAGGUUUUACUGGGACAUUGUGAUGCUCCUGCUAAUGAUGAGUAAUCUGGUCAUCUUGCCAUGGGGGAUCACUUUCUUUGAGGACCAGAACACCUGGCCUUGGAUUACCUUUAACGUCCUGUCUGACACUCUAUUUCUCAUGGAUCUGGUUCUCAAUUUCCGCACGGGAAUCCCGGGAGAGGACAGCCACAUCAUCCUGGACCCAAACGAGAUCCGCAAGCAUUACCUCCGCACCUGGUUCCUGGUGGACUUUAUCUCCUCCAUCCCCGUUGACUACAUCUUCCUCAUCGUUGACCUGGAAGCCCGGCAGGAGUCGUCUGACGUGUACCGCACUGCCCGCGCCCUCCGCAUUGUGCGCUUCACCAAAAUCCUCAGUUUGCUGCGCCUUUUGCGACUGUCCCGCCUCAUCCGCUACAUCCACCAGUGGGAAGAGAUUUUUCACAUGACCUACGAUCUGGCCAGUGCUGUCGUGCGUAUAGUGAACUUGAUCGGCAUGAUGCUGCUGUUGUGUCACUGGGACGGCUGUCUGACCUUCAUGGUGCCUAUGCUGCAAGACUUCCCCCCAGACUGCUGGGUAUCCAAAAACAAUAUGGUGAACGAUACAUGGCACAUCCAGUACUCCUAUGCCCUCUUUAUGGCUAUGAGUCACAUGCUGUGUAUAGGGUACGGAGCCCACCCUCCCGAGGGCAUGACAGAUGUUUGGCUCACCAUGAUCAGCAUGGUGGUGGGGGCCACCUGCUACGCCAUGUUCCUUGGUCAUGCCACUACCCUGGUGCAGUCUUUAGACGCAUCACACCGGCAGUAUCAAGAGAAGUAUAAGCAAGUGGAGCAGUACAUGUCGUUCCAUAAACUGCCAGCGGACGUGAGGCAGAGGAUCCACGAUUAUUACGAGCAGCGGUUCCAGGGGAAGAUGUUCGACGAGGACAGCAUCCUCGGAGAGCUCAGUGAUCCUCUCAAGGAGGAGAUCGUCAGCUUUAACUGCCGUGGUCUGGUAGCCAACAUGCCGCUGUUCGCCAACACCGAUCCUCAUUUUGUAACAGUGAUCCUGACCAAGCUGCGUUUCGAGGUUUUUCAACCUGGGGACUUGAUAAUACGAGAAGGCACGCUCGGUCGGAAAAUGUAUUUCAUCCAGCAUGGCGCCGUUACCGUCAUCCCUCGUGGCAACAGGGAGAUAACACUCAACGAUGGAGCAUAUUUUGGGGAGAUCUGCUUGCUGACCCAAGGACGGCGCACAGCCACUGUGAAGGCUGACACCUACUGCCGCCUUUACUCCCUGAGCGUGGACAGUUUCAACGAGGUCCUGGAGGAGCAUCCUCUCAUGAGGCAAGCCUUUGAGAGUGUGGCUGUGGACCGACUGGGCCGAGGCGCUCGCAAAUCCAGUCAUCAGUCUCAAGCCGAUGAGUGACCUCAUCAGAACCCACAGAGACAAACUCCAGACAGAUAUAUGGAGACUAUUUUCUACAAUUUGACUAAAUGUGACCAAUUGAAGAAACCUUGAAUGUGAAUGUCACGUAUUGCUGGACAACCUGAUAGCACAUUAUGAGCACAUUAUUGCUGCACCUUGCUAGAAAUAGUGUUCCCUCAGUUCUCUAAUUCUUCUAUUUUAAACUCAAUAAGCAAUCUGAUCUUCGUACGCUGUAAAUACAAGUUCUGUUUUCUAAUGAACAAAUGGUUACCCCCCCACAACACACACAUACACACCACACAAAGUUUUCUGGUUUCCUGUAAAUGUAAGCAUCUUAAAUUGUUGGCUAUUCAUUUGCUUUUCAUCGAUGGCAGCUCAAGCUUAUUUGUAACUGCCUCUAAGCUUUCUGAUGCUACAGUUUUACCAUCCAUCACAUCAUCCAUAAGAGA